AUGCCGAAGAGACAUCACGCUGAGGAAGAGGAGCAUGUGUCGAACGCGUCCUCGAAGAGAGCCAAGACCGUGGACAGCGACGAGGAAGAUGAUUCUGAAGAAGCGCCACAAACUCAGACGCGUACAAAGCGCGAGCGAGCUGCUGCGAAGAAGGGCAAAGGAAGGGCAACAGCUGAAUCGUCUGAUGAGGAUAACUCUGAAGAAGAGGAAGGGGAGGAGACUAGUGAACAGCAGCAACUAGAAGACGACGAAGAAUUUGAGCGGCGUUGGGGAGCCAAAUUACGCGCUCAGUUGGAGAAUAAGAAAAACGUCCAAGGGACCGUUGCCGACCAUGGUAUCAUUGAGUACAUCGAAAUGUGCCAGUUCAUGUGCCACAAGUUCUUGAAAUUUAUCUUCGGGCCUCAGAUCAACUUCAUCAUCGGGCAUAACGGAAGUGGAAAGAGCGCGGUCUUGUCUGCGAUUACGGUUGCCCUGGGCGGCAAAGCGACUUCCACUGGUCGCGGUACUGGCCUGAAAUCUUUCAUUCGAGAAGGCCAACAUACCGCUGAGGUUACCAUUCACAUCAAGAACCAGGGAGAGGAAGCCUACAAACCUAAGGAGUACGGGAAAACGAUCGUCAUCACGCGCAGGUUUGGAAAGGAUGGGAACUCGAGCUGGAAGAUCAAGAGCAAGGACGGCAAAGUUAUUAGCACAAAGAAAGAUGAAUUGUCCGCUAUCUGUGAUCAUAUGAAUAUUCAAGUGGACAAUCCGAUGAAUGUUUUGACUCAAGAUGCCGCAAGGCAGUUCUUGAGCGCAUCUGUUCCUCAGGAUAAAUACAAGUUCUUCCUUCGUGGCACCCAGCUCACCCAGCUGUCCGAAGAGUAUGACUUAUGUCUUACUAAUAUCAAUCAGACCGCCAAGCUGCUGUCCGUCAAGAAGGAGGCUCUCCCUGACCUCAAAGCACGUCUCCGUGAGGUAACUGCACGUUACGAAGAGGCUGCAAAAGCCCGCGAGCAGAAGAAGAAAGCCGAUGAUUUGAAGAAAGAAAUGGCUUGGUCUCACGUUGCUGCUAAGGAAGAGGAAAUGGAGAACAAACUCAAUGAAGUCGCUAAGUUGUCGAGGAGGCUGCCUAAGAUUGAAGAAAGUCUUAAAGAAGCCGAGGCUGCGUUCCAAGUCGCAACCGAUCAGGUCAAGGAGUUCGAGGCGAGCGUUAAUGAGAUGGGCGACGUCAAGGAUCUCGACAACCAGAAGAACGACAUUCAGGCUCGAAUGCGCGAAAGAAAGAAGCAGCUGGUUGACCUCAACAAUGACCUCAAACAGAUGAAUGCCAGCCUGACUGGUAUUAACAACCAAAUCGAGGACCUUUCAAAGCAGAUAGCAGAUGAAUCGCGUCGGAUGGCCCAGCACAGCCAAGCCAAGCACGAAGAGACUCAACGCAGGAUUGAAGAGUGCAGAACGGAGGUGUCACAAUACGAGAAGCGCAUCGACGAGAUUAUUCACCAGCGCAAGGACUUCAGCGUGCAGGCAGACGGGAUUCGUGAGACUGGUCAGAGAGCCGACGACGCGAUUAAAGCCGUCCAAAACAAUAUCGAUAACUGUGACAGAAUGAUCGAGAAUGCGAAGCAGGCGGAGAAGGACGCCCUCGUUCCGUAUGGCAGAAAUCUCAAGCAAGUUAUGGAGAACAUCAACAGGAUGAAGUGGCAUGGGGAUGUACCCCUUGGUCCGCUGGGGACGUAUGUCAAGGCGCGAGACCCCCGGACAUGGGGCGACCUCUUGAGGAACCAGCUUGUUGGCUACCUUACAGCAUUUGCAGUGACAGACGCGAGGGACAGAGAUGCGCUGAAGAAGCUCUUAGUGCAGAGCGGCAAUUCUAAUCAUCUUAUCCUGAUCUACGAGAAGGAUUUGUUUGAUUACCGACAUGGAGAGCCACCUCAGGAGUUUCUAACUGUCCUCCGCGCUUUGGAAAUCUCCGACCCUUAUGUGACGCGCAUCCUUAUCAAUCAGAUGCACAUCGAGAGCCAAGUUCUAGCGCACACGCGUAAAGAAGGUCAACAGCUGCUCGAAAGACUCCGAGGAGGAUCUGCGUGGACUUUGGACAACUUCAACGUCCGUGUCUAUCCGGAAGGAGGCGUGCACUCCGGCGGACUUAACAUCAGGAGGCUGAACGAUGCCACGAGCCUACUGCUUACGGGCAGGAAUAGUACCAUGGACAUCAAGCACUACCAAGAGGAGAAAGCUAGGCAUGAAAGCGAAUGGAGCACUAAAAGUGCUGAGGUCAACACGCUAAAGGGGCAGUACCACAGUUUGAGAAAGACCAUCGACCAGUUAAAUAAUGAGGAAACUCAGGUCCAAAGCCGUUGUAGAGCCGCCAGGCACAGGCUGAAUGCUCUAGUAACUGAAGCGAACGAGGACAUGCCAGUUGGUCUUGCAGGGUUGGAGGCUGCCAAAGAGGAAGCCGAGGCGGAGAAAAAUAACAUCAUCAAUCAGUUCGCUGCUGUUCAACAACAAAAGGUCACCCUCGACGAGGCGCAGCGCGCGUGCCAACUCGAGUUGAACGGAAUUAAGGCCCAGAUUCAGGAGUUCGACACCUCGAGGACGGCUAAGAGAAAACAAAUUGAAGAUGCUGUCGAGGCACGGAUGAAUGCCCAGAAGAACAUGAAGUACUAUGAAGACAAGUACCAGUCUGAGAAGAAGAAAGUUGAGGCCGUCGAACAGACUGCCAAAGUCUUGCAAGAGGAGUAUGCUAACUGGAGAGACAAGGCCCUUGAAUACUGUGAGCAGGUGCACAAACCACGCAAGCUCGAGGAAGUCAAACGCCUCCUUGACUCCGUCCAGAAGGCACUCAAAGAGCGUGAAAAGCAUCAUGGUGCCUCAGUCGAAGAGAUGGCGAAGGAAGUCAACAAGGCGCAGGAGAACCUAGACAAGGCUGAGAAGGAGCUGAAGCAGAUGUCUAAGUUGAACAAGGCUCUCAAGGCUUCCCUCUUUGUCCGUCUUGCUCGCUGGCAAGAGUUCCGAAGGCAUAUUGCUUUGCGCUGCAAGCAUGUCUUCCAGUACCACUUAUCGAACCGUGGCUACUAUGGCAAGAUUUUGUUUAACCACGUUGCGGGCACAUUGCAGCUUCGGGUUCAAACCGAUGACCAGCUCCAAACUCAAGGAACGCGUGACAAAGACCCUCGCUCUCUCAGUGGAGGCGAGAAGUCUUUCUCGACGAUUUGCCUGCUUCUCUCGCUCUGGGAUUCAAUUGGAUGCCCCCUCCGCUGCUUGGAUGAGUUCGACGUCUUCAUGGACGCCGUUAACCGUAGGAUCAGUAUGAAGAUGAUGAUCGAUACGGCGAACACGUCGGACAAGAAGCAGUACAUCCUCAUCACACCACAGGACAUGACGAAUGUCGCGUUUGGACCCACGGUCAAAGUGCUGCGGAUGACGGACCCAGAGAGAGGAAAUGGGACGCUGCCGUUCGCUUCUGCGUCUGGUUAG